AUGGGUGCCCUCUUGUCGCUGCCCCUGUUGGCAUUGCCAAGCGUGGGCACGCUCGUGUCCUUUGGCGCCAGCUGCUGCGGAGCGGCCACAUGCUCCAUGGUCUGCAGCGCAUGCGGGAAAUGCGGUAACAGGUAA